CCGCGGAGCGGCUGCUGCCGGCGGAGCUGCGCGGGCUCCCGCGGUGCGCUGCUCCGCUCCGUGCGGACGGCAAAGGCGGCACCAUGAAGAGGAGAGCAGGGGAGCGGGAGAAAGAACUGAAGAGGAAAAAACUUCUUGAAGAACUUGGGGAGAAUAGACUUCCAUACCUGACACCAGCCGAUGCUGAUUUCCACCAGCUGUGGAAGACCAAGUAUUCCAAGCUGAUUUUCAGGAAAUCUGAUACAGUACCUGAAGAGCUCCAUCAAAUGGUACAAGAAAGCUUUCUGGCCUUGCGAGAACACAACUGUUUCUUUCAAGAUCUUGUAAGGAUCAAAGGAAAAGACUUUCUUACUCCAGUGUCUCGUAUAUUAAUUGGAAGCCCAGGAUGCACUUAUAAGUACUUGAACACAAGAUUAUUUACAGUUCCUUGGCCUACAGAAAGUUAUGAUAUAAAAUAUUGCAGUCCGCAAAUACAUGAUGCUUGUAAAGCAUUAAUGAGACUUAAUGACUACUUGCAUAUUGAAACAGUCAAGGCAUUACAAGGACAAAAUUUGUUUGAAAACAAAGAAAUUAACAAUACUGCUGUACUAGAUAGGAAGCAAAGUUUUGCUACUUCUCUUACAGAGCAAGUGUCUGUUUCAAAAUAUCAAAGCAGUGUUUGUGUACCAGAGGAUGACAGAAGUCUAAAGAACAGAACAUCAUAUAAUUUGACUUUAUUAAAUUAUAUGGAUCCACUACAAAUGCUGUACUUGAAACAAGAACCUUACUUUGGAAUGGGGAACAUGGCAGUGAGCUGGCACCAUGAUGAGAACCUGGUGGAGAGGUCAGCAGUGGCUGUGUACAGUUACAGCUGUGAAGAUUCAUCUGUAAAAGAAAGCAACGAACAGGAACUGAAGGGAAGAGACCCAGCUGUUUGGCACGUGGGCUUGAAGGUGGCAUGGGACAUAGAGACACCUGGCUUGGCAGUGCCACUUCACCAAGGAGACAUCUACUUGAUGCUUGAUGACCUCAAUAUGACCCAUCAGCACUGUGUUCUGGCUGGUUUGUCACCUCGGUUCAGCUCCACUCACAGGGUGGCAGAUUCUUCAAGAGGAACAUUGGAAUACAUAUUUGGGCGGUGUGAACUGGCACUCCAGAAUUUACAGACUGAUCCUGAUUCAAUGGCUUUGUCUUUGAGAUCACUGGAAGCUGCAGUGGUGAAGCAAGUAGAAGAAAUACAUAAUGAGGUUGAAUUUGAGUGGCUUAGACAGUUUUGGUUCCAAGGCAAGAGGUAUUUGAAGUGCACUGAUUGGUGGCUUAAGCCUAUGGCUAAAUUGGAAGAAUUUUGGAGAAAACUGGAGAUUAUGACAAGUCUGGUCCUCUCUGAGGUUAGAAAAGAGCAACAAAUUGAGGAACAAAGAAAUGAGACCAUCAGCUGCUUCCUGCUCCUUCUUAAGGAGAGACAAAAGCUGCGUAAAGAAUGGACAGCAAGGUGCCAGUCAGACGCAGCAGAGAGCUUGCCAGAAGACCAGAAACCAGAAUGCCAUCCCUUCUGGACAGAUGAUGAUGAAUGUAAUAUGCCUCUGCCAUAUGAUCUAGAAGAAGUAAUUGCUUAUCUACAAAAUCUUGUUCAAUGGAUAGAAUAACAAGUGACCUUCCAGCCUAGAGUUAUUGAUGCUGAUCAUCUGGGGAGAAGCUUUGUCGUUAUCAUAAAUCUUUUAAGCUUUAUGAUUUCUUGAUUGUAUGCUAUUUUAUGUGUCAAUGCAGAUUUUACUAGUCUUUACACAGUAGCUUAGUCACUGUCUCACAAGAAAGAGGACCAGCCCCCAAAUUUAGAGAAGCGUGUGUUUUUUAAGACCUGAAGUCCAGAACACCAGCCUUAGUUCCCUCCUCCUCCACUCUAAUUCCCAUUGACCCUACAGCCCAGGGAUAUCUGUGUUUCAAAGAAUCACAGGAUGGGGCAGGUUGGAAGGACCACAGUGGAAUCACCUUGUCCAACCUCCCUGCUCAAGCAGAAUUGCCCAGGGCACAGGGCUGUGUCCGGACAGUUCUGGAAUGUCCCCAGCGAGGGAGACUCCACAGGCUCUGGCCAGGCUGUUCAGUGCUCGGGCCCUGCACAGCAAAGAACUCCUUGCUCGUGUCCAGGUGCAACUUCCUGGGCAUCAUUCCUGCCCCUUCCUCCUGUCCCAUUGCUGGCACCAGGGGCAGAGCCUGGUCCAUCCUCUGACACCUCCUGCAGAUACUGACAGACAUCAGUAAUGUCCCCUCUCAUACUUCUCUUCUUGAGGCUGAGCAGGCCCAGCUCUGCAGUGUUUUGACACAUUCCCUUGGUAUCUAAAUUUCAGCUUCCAUGAGUGCCUAGAGCUGUCUCUGGCCUGGCAGGUUUGAGCAGCCCAAGGUGUAGCUCACACCUGUGCCAAAGCAGACUGCAUGAUCUGGGCACCCUAAUGAGAGGCCAGCUUGGGCUGAGCCUGCUGGAGAUCUUCAGAACAGAGCUGUGGAGUCUCAAUCCGGUAACACAAAGGGGCAGGAGAUGCUGGAGAUAUUCCUUUGUGCAGUGGCUCCUUUUCAGAGCAUUUUUUCAGGUGAGGAAUUCUGUAGGAGCAUUCUAACAUAGAUCCCAAGACUUUCUUACUGUUUUGCCUCAUGGCAACAGAGUACUAAUAAGAGAAAUUUCUGAUGUGAAUCUGUACCUCCUGGGUUCCCUGGAAUUCAGAAUUCAGUUCCUAAUCAUUGCUUUGUUUCUGUAUGUUGUGAAACCUAUUCUGAGGUCAGGUUUCCCAGUGCAUUGCCUAAAGAUGUGAUGGACCUAAGUAAGACCUUCCAUUUGGGCUGUUUGGUCCCCUGAGAAACUAGAUUUAGAUUGUGUGAUAUUGGGAAUUUCAGCAUCAAGUGAGAUCUAUGAGCAUAAACCCAAAAACUAUGAGAAAUUAAGCUGUUUGUGAUGUUUUGUAGUAACAUGCUGUAAAAAGAACAAUUAUGUGUAGGAUGAUACAGGGUGCCCCUGAAUUAGAUAGAGAAUUUUGUUUUGGUAAAUCGCUAUUUUAUCUGAACUGAUUGGACUGGUGUCCAACUUUGCCACAAAAAGCAGAAAAUCAUUAUGGUGAAAAAACACUCAGGCUGUGUUACCAAAGAAGCCAGUAAGGUUCAGAGUUUGACAUUACCACCAAGAAAUGAAUAUGCCACCUGUGUUAAUGUGGUGUUUAAAGUCUCUGCUGAGGCUGAGCUCACCCAGAACACACCAGCUUCUGUACUGGCAAAGAGCUGUGUGUGUGGAUGAGGCUUCUACUCCUGAAAAUUGUGCUUUUGACAGUAUAACAUAUGCCAGACCUCCCUGGAGCUAAGGAAGCUGUGCCAGUAAAAAUUCAGUUUUAGUGGUAUAAAGCUGUGUCCACACCUACCAGCUUUUGCCAGGACAAUUAUAUCAAGUAGAGGUUGUACCUCAUAAGACUUUAGGUCAAGCUGUGCCAGCAAAAGUAAAAAUACCUGAACCAAGUGUUUCCAUCGUAGUCCUGAGCUUCUGUGAAAACUUUUUGUUAUCCUGUGGAAUGUAAAGACUCUCUGAAGAAUAAGUUAUUACUUAAACUAGCAUUGAUAAUAUUACCAUGAUCCACACAUUUCUCUGUUGUCUCUUGUGCCAUAGAUUUCCUAAUAUUUGGAAACACUGCUAUGGGCAUAGCUUUCUCUUCCCUGCACUAGUUGAAGCUGGCUUUACCAGUGGCAUAUUUGGAUUAGUGCCACACUAAACACUGUUUACUUUGGAGAUCACUUAGAGAAAAGCUAGCUGAAGAUGUGGGAAUUCUGCUUUUGAAAAGGCAGUUCUCAGAAACAGAUAUUGCUUUGGAAAGGAGCAGUAUGAAUUCAGACAAGCUAAUGAUGUAACAGUGUUAACACAGUGUUUAGGGGGACUGUUUGUUUAUGCUUUUAUGUUAUGAUUACUUUGUGUAUAAUUAAGCACUGCUGAAAUCCAUGGGAAUCACAGUAUUGAAAGGAAUCUGAACACCACAAAGGGUGGAGAAGGCACAUCAAUGAUAUAGUUUGUAGCUGAAGUGGAGGCAAAGCUAUUAAAAAAUGAUUGCCAAAUAAUUAUUUCCAGCAUCAGUAAAAAUAAAACCAAACUGAAACAAUCCCAAACCUAUUAGGAGGCUGCUGGCAGUAAUAACAGAAUUUUUAGAAUACAUGUUCCCAGUCCUUGCCUAUGCUUGAAGAUUUAAGGUAGUGAAUUCGCUGAACUAGCACUAGUCUCAGUGCAGUCAGACAGCACUUAUCUAAGCCAUGGUUAGCAAUGGUAUGUACAAAUGAACACCUUUGGAAUAAGACUGCCAAAAUACCAAUAAUCAAGUGGUUUAGGGCUCUGUGUUGCAUUCCAGUCUUGCAUCAUCUAAAUCAGUAUAACCUGAUUGUGCUCAGUUGAAAUGCAGAAGUAUGAGAAGAUUUCAUAUCUCCAAAGCCCCCAGGAGUUGAUAGCAAUAACAUGAGUAAGAUGGUGGAACUGUUUGAAGCACACAGUAAUGCCAACAGGAGAACACAGUUAAAGGUAAAUAUAUAUAAAAAAAACUGAGAGAUCAAGUAUAAAUUAUUGCUGUGCUUAGAUUAUGUGUUAGAAGCUGACAAUCUACUUUGAAGAUUUCUUUAUUUUAUUCAAGUAGUUACAAUUUAGCUUGUUUCAAUGAUUCUUUAACAAUCCAUUUAUAUUCCAGCAUUAGAUAACCCAUUUCCUUUUUGAAAGAGCUGGAAGACACAGCCUCUAAUUAAUGUUCUGUGUAUAGCAAUUGUUUGCCAAGCCUGGAUGCUUUAGAAGCAUGAGGACCAAGGUCAAGUUUUUUCAAGGAAGAGGUGAGAGCAUAAAUUAACUUGUGACAUUAAAUUCAGUGGUUCUUUUAAAAUGGUGAAGUUCACGAUUUUGCUUACAUUUACUUUUCAUCAGCCAGGACUGAAUUGAGGUAAAAUAGUUCACUUGCACGUGUGUGUCAGGCUAAAUGGAUUGCAGAAGAUACAGAUCUGUUUGCCUGUCUGCACUUGCCUUUAGACAAUAUUCAUCAAUUUUACAAAAGCUACUGACUAAACAUGGAACCAGUACAAAUGAAAUGCUCAAGGCAAGGGCUUUCUUUUAUAAAUCUGAUACAGAGUUGGUUUUACACUGAUAGAAAGAAAAUGUUGGCAGAAAAUGAAAAACUUCUAUUGUUUCUGUAAUUUGGGGGAUGAAAGAUACAGACUGUUUUUAAGUAUUUGAUAGAAAACUGCUGUGUUGUGCAAUGUAAUUAGAGAUGUUUUUAUAAUGUUUUGUUCAUAUCCGUGUAUAUAAAAAUAUUUUAUCCCAUCGGUCCUUUCUUCUGCUGAAAAGGUUAUGUAAAUAAAUAAAAUUAAUCUCAGUACAGUAGAUUUUAAAGGCAUAAUACUUAUGUUCUAAGCUUUACAGCAGGUUCUGAUUAUUUAAAGGGUAAAUAAGAAUGCUGUGAGUAAUCACUGACUGAAAACUGUGCAAGAUGGGUAACAUGCCCCAUAAUAAAUAUCCAAAUCAGUUGUCUUAUUAUCAUCUGAAUAUGGUUUUAGAUUCACUGGUAGUGGUACAAGAUGCAAUGUAAAAUCAUGCUGGACUAAUUAAUGCAGUGGGGCAGAUUCAGGGAUUCCAUUCAUGUCACAGCACAGAAAUCAAAAUAUUAUUAAACUCCAUCAUGAAAGGUGACUACAAUAUUGUAAUGUGUUAAGAGUUGGCAUUGCUCCUUUCUCAGUUACAGCAGUGCUGUUCCAUUAGUUCUGUGCUGUGCAGUGGAAUUUGGGCUGCUGGAUAUUAAACCAGGCCAGGCUUAGGCUUUUGUCUAAGCUGGACUGAGAGCAGGGUGAGAGAGACGAGGUGGGAUGCACAGGAGACCCAAGGGAUGUGAUUUUUCAAGGCCACAACUUCAUUAACUGGACUCAUAUGGGAGUCAUUGAGCUCAAACUUGUACAGUGCAGGUCAGGAUCUCUCUCUUAAUUGUUACCACCUGGUGCAAAGUUAAUGUUGGCUCCCUAAACCCCUUCCUGCCCCUGACAGCCAGUCCUCAGCUUUCUGCUGGGAGCUGACCACUCUCAGCUCACACCAAGAUUACAGAGUUGGGAAGAGUGGUUAUUCCACUGUAGCAACAGGGGUGAGAAACUCAUCCCCAGCUUCAGCCAUCCUCUCUCCUGCUACAGCUCCACAGACUGAGUACCUCCAAACAUUCUGUUUCUCAUUUGAGAUUCAAGUUGCUGCAGCUCAUCUUCUGUCCUGUUCUACCAGGACAGUGAUCUGACACAGGGAAGGGCCAGACAAGAAAAAUUCUGUUUGCAUGAGGCUCCUCAUCAAAAACAGACACCCACUGGACUCUCUAUAAGAGUGAAAGGUUCAGGACUACAAUAAUCUGCCUUUAGAGGGUGGGAGCUGCUAGGGAGUGAUGAAGGUCUCUGGCCAAACCACCAGCAUUCAUUGUUCUGUAGGACUCCCAUCCUGCCCUGUUCUGGCUCACCCCACCUGUACAGGCAGAGGCAAUCCUGAACAGAUCCACUGCACAGGCAAUCCUGAACAGAGCCACUGGACAGGCAAUCCUGAACAGAGCCACUGCACAGGCAAUCCUGAACAGAGCCACUGCAGAGGCAAUCCUGAACAGAUCCACUGCACAGGCAAUCCUGAACAGAUCCACUGCAGAGGCAAUCCUGAACAGAGCCACUGCUCUCUUUCCUGUCCAAACUGACUCUUCACCUUCAGUGUGGCUGAGCUUGUACCUUCAUUUACAUUCAUCUGUCCUCUUCACCUUAGCCUGAGGGCAUUCAAUGAACAAGAGAAGAUCAUUUAUACAAUUACAAAAAGACUGUACAUAGAAAGGCUACAGAUCUGGCUGAAUAACACAUAAAAUAAAAUCCAAGAAAUAACCAAUAAAAUUAGCACACUAAAAUGUUGAUAUUUAGGCACGAGCACUUUACAUAUUAUAGGAACUCUUGUUUCUCUUCUUGUUGCUUAGGAGAUAACAUUCAUUAUCCAAAAGGAUGUAUUAUGCUUUGGUUUACAGUCUCUAAAUCUCCACUGGUUUUACAGGGCUUGUCCAUGAUGAUCAAGAAUUUGGUCACAAAAGUUGUUCUCCUCCCCCUCCCUAUCCUCAAAUACUUGCUUUCAUGCCAACACAUCUUGGUCUGAUUAGUCCCCUUGAUUACAGGCUAAAGCAAAAAGUCAGGUGUAUAAGAUUCCCAUUAUCCUUUAUUCCACUGCUUCUAAGAACAGGUCAGAUAGAGUUAUUUCAGUGAAAAUGUGAACAAUCAACUUCUGUUUACCAUUAACCUUCAGUUUUCUUUUCUUAAAAUCAAAUCAGGGCUUGGUAGGCAGUUAUUUUCAUACAUGUCCCUUGAUCAGUGGAACAAUCUGUCAAAAGCCAUUAAAGCCUCUAUUAGGUUGAAUUGCAUUCAAAGUUAAGCUCUCCAAUCAUUUGAAGGACUGUGAUGAUUGCUUUUAAUAUAGUAUACAUUGAUUUCUCUCUUGGAAUAGCAGCAUAACUUUGAAACUAAGCAUGUAUGACUUGAGCAUUUUGCUCUCCAGUAUGUUUUGAGAAGAUUUGUUUCUUGUGGAAGAUUAAUGUGUACAUAAAAAAAAGGGAAAAACAAAUGCAGUGAAAUCACCUCUUUAUUGUCACGAGUUUUUAACUUUUCCUAGUUCAUUGUAACCUCAAGGUGUAACAUAUGAAAUACAAAGAAAUUUUCCAGGGUCCCUUUCCUCAACAGCUUCACUGAUUUAUCUAAUUGUACUGUUAUUGUAAAAGUGGCUCUUUAUCUUAAAAUAUCAGGAUGCUUUACACAGAGAAACUGAGGCAGAGGUCAAAAGUGCAGCUGGGAUCUGAGUGCCAGCACUGGAACGAGUGUUAUGUAACCCUCUGUCGCUGGCAUAUCUCUAUCACUUCCAGAAGUCAGCUCAGUUUACAGAGUAAAGAUGCUCUCAUAGAACUUGUUGUCCCCCAAAGUUAUAUCUGAAAGUUGAGCUGGAAUCUGUCCUACUCAUGUCAUAUUUAGCAUAAUAUUUAAUUGCAUAACAUACAAUAAUAUAUCUCAUAUAAUAGAGACCUUUCAGACCUCCUAAGGUUUGAUUAAAACUUUCCAGUGAAUCUUUUAGUUACAUUCCAAGUCCCUGAGCUCUCAAUGGGAAAGACAGAUUUUAUUGGAAUUAAAUGAUUCCAUGGAGAGUAUGCAGUGUAUAAUAUGAUACAAUCUAAUACUACCCCCACUCUUCUAGAUCUAUUUUAAGUAUUUCCACUGCGUGCCUCACAAGGUGGCACAGCUGCUGUAUUAGGAAACUCUUAAGAAAAUACCCUGUUGGUAUUUGUGCUGUUUUUACCAAGGUGAAGGUGAGCUGCUGAAGCAAACUGGAAUGCUGGUUAUGCACCUGUUAGCACUUUGGUCUGGUACUUAUUUGGUAGUCUGGUAGUACUUUACUCAGAGCACUGUGUUACUAGCUAUUUUGAUGAACAUCCUAAUAAAUUAUUAUCCAACAUCAAAGAAUUCCACAAUUCUUUUAUUGCUGUUCUUUCUCUUCUGUUGACUGAUGCCCCUUCUUUCCCUUUUGUCUCAGUAUUAACAGUAAUGUUAUUAACAAGUUUUGUUCUUUGUUAGGCUGAUGUGACCUUUAAGUGAGAAAAGUUUAGAAUUAUGUAUCAGAUAUUUCCUGAAGUACAUUUCUUUUCAAACCAAUUCACUAGGUUAUUUUGACUACUUUUCCAUGUGGUACUGCUACUUUUUAUUAAGACCUAUUUAUAGAACUCUGCAAGAUAUACAGUGAUAUGUAAGUUUGUUAUGUAUUUACUAAUUUACUGACAUUUAUCAA